GUCUCGGUGAUCGGUGCAUCCUAAUCUAUCCAGCGAGCCAGCAUAGUCCAUUGGAAGGACUCUAUUUAUGUAUGGACUGAAAACAAGCGCAAAAUCGUAUUUUGAGAUUGAAGAUUUUACAUCAUCAUGAUGGAUGGCUGUAAGAGUUGCGACCCAAGCACUGACCAGAAAUAUUCGAAGGUCAGGAGUAGGAGUUGUAAAGUUAAACCAUGCGCAUUUGCGCGUCCGCCAACUCGAGACGUUAACGCUCCCUGACCUCCCUUAUGACUAUCACGAACUGGAGCCAGGCAUCAGCGCAGAGAUAAUGGAGCUCCAUCACCAAAAGCACCACCAGACGUACUUCACUAACUUCAACCGAGCUCAGGAGCAGCUCCACCAUGCCAUGUCCAAGGCCGACUCUACCACCGUUGUCGAGCUCCAAAGUGCCAUCAAAUUCAAUGGCGGAGGGGAACGGACCCGGGUAAUGCCCGAGACCGGGAGUAACCCUAAAUGGAAGACAACAGAUUAUAUGAAUAACCAAAGACUGUUUUAAUCUGGGUCAUCCCGCGGCAAAAACCCUAGGCGAGG